AUGCUCAUUGGGGCGGGGGGCCUGGUCUUGGUGUCGUUGCUGCUGCUGCUGCUGCAAGCCAGCCUUGCAAACCGCCCUGCGGCUGAUGGCGGGCUCGACGCCACAGAUCUGGAGAUCUGUCGCACCGACACGCAUCGCAUCGCGCUCGUCAUCACGGCCCAUGUUGGCCAACAGCUCGCAGCCAUCGAUGCUGCCCUUGAGCGAUGGCGCCACUUCCCACCAUGCCUUGAAUCGUCAAAGUUCGUUGAUAGAGACGAGGGGCCACACCAGCAAUACGCCUGUGGUGCAUCGCUAAUAUUUGCAGUGGAAAACGCAGCCGCAGCACAACAGUUGCAAACACACGUGGCAAAACAUGCUUCUGUGCAGGGAGUGCUACGCGAUGCAGGUCUGGAGGUGCAAAUCUUUCACGCAGCUCUCUCACCGCAGGAGGACAGCUGGCCCGUGGGCCCCACUCUCGCCUUCUAUCGCAUCAUACCUCAGCUACGGCAAUGGGACUACGUUCUGUAUCUUGAGCCCGAUGCCAGGCCGAUUCGUGCCGGAUGGCUGCAAGAGGCUCACCGUCAGGUGUGCUUGUACGAAAGUCUUCUUGGCACUGAGGGGGUCUGGGUGCUGGGAAGCUAUCCUCGCUCCCAGGCGGUGAAGGGCAAUCGGCCCCUUGCCAACCGUUUCCACCUCAACGGCAACGCCAUUUACCACACGGGGUCAGCCUCCUUCCAAGACUUUGUGCAGCGCGUCGAAUCCAAUGCUGCAGCGGAUCAACCAUUCCAAAGUCAGGCCCAUGGGCGGGCCUAUGACGUUGACCUGGCCACUUUUAUGCUGCAGCCAGUGCACUGGACCUACGCCAUGAGUCAUGCCCAUCGCCUCGUGGCCAGCGAGUGGAUCCAAAACCGAUGGAGAGAACAGUGGAGCCGAAGCGAAAUGCAAGCUCGCUUUCCGCAGACAUUUGUGGUUCACGGGGGAAGCGAGACAGUGACUUGA